AUGAUGGAGAAGUACGGUGGCAAGGUGAGCUCGGAUCGGCGGGCCAGCAGCCGGCGGCAGUACGAGCAGCGUUGCUCGACGAGCCACAACGUCCCUCUCGUCGUCGUCGUGGUCCUCGUCGUCGGCGCGCUGUUCCUCAUCCUCGGCCCGACGGGAUCCUCCCUCACCAUGCCGCGCAUCCGCGUCGUGUUCAACGAGCCCGUCCACAUCGCGGAGGCGGCGGCGUCGUCGUCGUCUCCGCCGCUGGCGCCGACGUCGGCGAAGGCCGGGGAGAACUCGAGCGACGAGGACAGUGGCCUCCCGCCGCCGCGGCAGCUUACCGACCCGCCCUACUCGCUGGGGCGCACCAUCCUGGGCUACGACGCGCGGCGGGCCGCGUGGCUCGCGGCGCACCCGGAGUUCCCGGCGCGCGCGGGGCGGCCGCGCGUGCUGGUCGUGACCGGGUCAGCGCCGGCGCGUUGCCCCGACCCGGACGGCGACCACCUGCUGCUGCGCGCGUUCAAGAACAAGGUGGACUACUGCCGCGUCCACGGCCUCGACGUGUUCUACAACACGGCGUUCCUGGACGCGGAGAUGUCGGGGUUCUGGGCGAAGCUGCCGCUGCUGCGCGCGCUGAUGGUGGCGCACCCGGAGGCGGAGCUGCUCUGGUGGGUGGACUCCGACGCGGUGUUCACCGACAUGCUGUUCGAGCUGCCGUGGGAGCGGUACGCGUCGCACAACCUCGUGCUCCAUGGCUGGGCGGCCAAGGUGUUCGACGAGAAGAGCUGGGUCGGCGUCAACACCGGCAGCUUCCUCAUCCGCAACUGCCAGUGGUCGCUCGACCUGCUCGACGCGUGGGCGCCCAUGGGGCCGCGCGGGCCCGUGCGGGACAGGUACGGCCAUCUCUUCGCCGAGGAGCUCUCCGGCCGGCCGCCGUUCGAGGCCGACGACCAGUCGGCGCUCAUCUACCUGCUGGUGACGCAGCGGGAGAGGUGGGGGGACAAGGUGUUCCUCGAGAGCUCCUACGACCUCAACGGCUUCUGGGAGGGCAUCGUGGACAGGUACGAGGAGCUGCGGCGGACGGGGCGCGACGACGGCCGGUGGCCGUUAAUCACGCACUUCGUCGGGUGCAAGCCGUGCCGGCGGUACGCCGACAGCUACCCGGCGGAGCGGUGCCGGCUCGGCAUGGAGCGCGCGUUCAACUUCGCCGACGACCAGAUACUGAAGCUGUACGGGUUCGCGCACGAGUCGCUCAAUACCACGGCCGUGCAACGCGUCAGGAACGAGACUGGCGAGCCGCUAGACGCCGGCGACGAGGAGCUCGGCCGGCUGCUGCACCCCACGUUCAGAGCCGCAAGGCCCACGUAG